UUGAGUUUUGAGUAUGAUCAAGUUGAGGUUAGUUACUUAGUUUAGUUUAUUUUUGAAUCAAACAUCUCAUCACUUGAUCAUAAUCUCUGUGGUUAUUAUCUAUUAGGUUCUAUCAAAGAAAAUUUGUUCAUUUUAUUCAAUGAAGUCUAAAAGAGAUCCAAAAAACUUUCAGGACGUCAAAUAUCAACAUUUGAAUACAAAUUACAGUGAAACUGCUGAGUACAACUAUGAUAAAGAAGAACCUUACGUUCGAUUCAAGAGGUAUUCACCAGUAAGGAAGCCCAUACCAUGGAAACCUGUAAUAUUUGCUUUUAUACUGUUUGUUGGAGGAUUAAUUCAUCUAUCAAUAGGAUCACUGAUAUUUAUUGGACAUAUAGAUAAUAAGUAUGCCGACCGUACUUUGCCAGUCAUCAUUCUUGGAUUACUAAUGUUCCUACCAGGCUCCUAUUAUGUGUUCAUUGCCAUUUGUGCCUACAUGGGAUAUUUGGGAUUUACCUUCGAUGAUAUUCCCGAAUUCAAUUAAAUUUCAAUACAUUCAUAUCUACUAAGAAAACGGGUGUCGGCAUCCGAUAAGGUAUGUCGUUCAUUAUGUGGGAAAAGGAGGACGAGAUACAUUUUACCAAGUUCAAAAUUAGAGAGAUUGUUGCUUCACUGCAAAUGCCAUUGAGUGAGUUGGAA